GUUUUAGGAGAUUACCUCCAACAUGCUGUGUGCUGAGAAUGGCAAAAAGGACACUUGCCAGGGUGACUCUGGGGGCCCACUGAUCUGGUUCGAUGAAAACCGCGGGAGGUACUUCCUCGUAGGCGUUACCAGCUGGGGCAUCGGUUGUGGCCUUCCCUCAUACCCAGGCGUGUACACUAAAGCGGCUAACUACCUCGACUGGAUCUACGAGACGACCAGCAGAUCUACCUAUUGUUCCUCCUAUGACCCUCAACCAGAUAGGAGGAAGAUUAAAGAAAGUGGACAACGACAUAAACUUCUCGGUAAGGAUGAUUUGGCCAGCGGAACAAAGAACAGUUUACAAGAAGAGGACAAUAACGUGAUAAAAAAGACAUUGAAGAAGAAAAACAAAAGAAAAAGGAGGAAAAAGUAUAAGAAAAAUAGAAACAAAACAGGGAAGACAAAAGGUUCAGGUAGAAGACAAGGAAAAUAUCUUAAAUACCUGAAAAGAAAGAAAAAUAACCCGGGAAGAAAGAAUAAAGAAGGGAAGAAGGUAAUAAAAGGAAGAAAGGAAGGAACGAAGAAGAUGACGGAAACUGAUAAGACUAAAGCAGAAUGGAAGAAAGGAAAGAAGACAAUGCAGGAACUAAUAGACAGAAAAAGGGCCAAUAAUGUGUGGAAGACGAGGAAUAAGGACACACUUUAUGACGGUAAAGAUGGUGACUAACGCCUCACCAUACACCUCCUCCUCACCAUACACCUUCUCACCUCACCACACACACUACUACACACUAGGACACACACACACACACACACACACACAUACUGGUUAUAGCUCUGUAAAAAAUAAGUAUUGUAGAAUGACAAUUAUCGGCUGACCAUUACUAUAAUGUUUUGUUAAAAUAAUAAUGAUAAUGAAAACAACAAUAAAACAAAAGUACUAAAAAUACUGUAAUAGUAAUAAUAA